UUUGCUACAUUUUGAGUCUGUGGGUCAGUGUCUAUCGUUUUGUGGACAGAUAUUGCAUGUCUUGAACGUAACCCGCUUACACGAUCACAACAUCGUUUUGAAAGGUUUUGGCUUCAAAAUAAAAAGACAUAAUAUUGAAACGUUGACAUUUCAAAGUGAACAAAAUAUAAACAGUCAAAUCUUGAAGAGACCAUUUAUUCCUGGCAGUAGUUUAAGCCCCAUAUCUGCAGCAAAACAUUUGCAACAAAUAUUUCAAGGAGUUGCAGGGCAGUAAAUGACCAUUGAAAUUAAUUUGAAAACCUAAGCCGGAAGUCCAUUUGUUUAUUGGGGCUAGCUGAAAAUGCUACACUGCGAAGCUCUGUCUGUACUAUAAUUAACCAUAUUUUUGGGAGCAUGUCUCUCUGUAAAGUGAGUUUUGUGGCAACGCGCCCGAGCUUGUGUCGUCGUUGAAAGCGUCCGCAGUUCAUUCUUUCCUCCCAAAUCAAAAGGGACAACUGCGCCUCCUUUUGCUGCCAAACGGAAAUAACGAGGGACCGCUUCCGUGUGCUCGCGCACGUCUCCACUGCCACUCCGAACGUAAGCGCUCUCACUUCAGAACACUAGCAGCCUGCCGGAAGGCUUUGCGCCACAAAGUGACGUUACGUUACGUUCACUUAAGCUAGUUCUUUGUCAUUGACGGCUUGUUGUUUUCCAACUGACAGGCCCAGCACACAAUCACGGCCAAACGGGGACAGACACAUCUAACAGUUUACGUUUGAUGAUGCCUGCUUGAGGAAACGCGAUGGAUGAUGGGAAACCGAGUCGUGUGUGCGGGCCCCAGAGGAUCAGUGAAACGUCCAAGGUGUUCCACUGGGCGGACCAAGCUGCCGAGGCGUUGCGGGGUCUCGACGAGCAGCGGCAGCACAGUCAGUUCUGCGACGUGGUGCUGGUGGCGGACAACCGGCGAGUCCCCGCUCACCGAGCCCUGCUGGCCGUUUCCAGCCCGUACUUCCACGCCAUGUUCACCUUGGGCAUGCGGGAGGAACGCCAGGAGGAGGUUGUGCUGGUCGGCAUAUCCUACAUCGGUCUGAACGCGGUUGUGGACUUCUUGUACAGUGGAGAGCUGCCAUUGGAUGGAGGAAACAUUGACCAUGUGCUGGAAGCUUCCCACCUUCUGCAGGUGUGUCGCGUGGUGGAUUUCUGCUGCCAGUACCUGGAGAGGGAGGUGAGCGAGGACAACUACCUCUACCUGCAGGAGCUCGCCCUGCUCUACAGCCUGGAGCGACUCGACGCCUUCAUCGACCGCUUCGUCCUCGCGCGCUUCGCCACGCUGUGCCACACCCCCGACUUCCUCAGCAACACCACACCGCACAAACUGGCGUCCUACCUGUCCAGUGGCCAGGUCCAGCACCAAGGUGAGCAGGAGCUUUUCCAGGCCGCCCUGCGGUGGAUUGCUGAGGCCCCGGGGCGGACGGCCCACGCUGCGCGGCUCCUCGCGCACGUCCGCUUCCCCCUGAUGCCGGCGGGGGAGUUGGCAGAGCGGGUGCUGCCGGCGCUGCAGGCCCUUCCGACGAAGGAAGCCGGCUGCGAGGCCCUGGUGGAGGAAGCACUGGGGUACCACGCCAGGCCCAGCGCCCAGCCGCUCCUGCAAACAGGACGCACCAUGCUGAGGGGGGGAGCAGAGCGGCUGCUGCUGAUUGGAGGAGAGGUGUCGGAGCGUGGCGAGGAGCUCAGCGCCAACGUGUGCCGCCUGGACGCUGAAACGGGGGUCUGGGAGGUGGAAACCGAGCUGCCGGCCAAGCGGAGCCACCACUGCCUGGCAGUGCUGGGGGGCUUCAUAUUUGCCGCUGGGGGAAGCUCAUCCAGGGACGAUGGCGGGGACGCCGCCUGCAACCUGCUGUACCGAUACGACCCCCGCCACGGCCAGUGGACCAGGGGCGCUCCGAUGAUCGAGCGGCGGGUGGAUUUCUACCUCGGGGCGGUGGGAGACUCCCUGAUCGCCGUGGGUGGGAGGAACGACACUGGGGCGUUGUCCUCGGUGGAGGUUUACUGUCCCUCUGAGGACUGCUGGUCCUACGUGGCCGCACUGCCCAGGUUGACUUACGGCCACGCUGGGACGGUCCACUGCGGCGUGGUCUACAUCUCAGGGGGUCACGACUACCAGAUCGGCCCGUACCGCCGCGACUUCCUGAGCUACGAGCCGACGCCGGACAGCGAGGUGUGGGUGAAGCGGCGGGCCAUGUCCCUGGCGAGGGGCUGGCACUGCAUGGCCUCCCCCAACCACCUCAUCUACGCCAUCGGGGGCAGCGACGACCACGAGGACACAGCGGAGCGCUUCGACAUCCUGCACGUGGAGUCCUACGACCCGCGUAGCGGCCAGUGGACGCGGGUGGCGCCCCUGCUGCUGCCCAACAGCGAGGCGGGGCUUGCGGUCUGGGCGGGGAGGAUCUACGUGCUCGGGGGCUACAGCUGGGAGAGCAUGGCGUUCUCCAGGGCCUCUCAGGUGUACGACCCUGACGAGGGCUCGUGGUCCAGAGGACCCGACCUGCCGAAAUGCAUCGCAGGGGCCUCGGCGUGCGUGUGCACAGUGAAACCCUCCCCGGCGCCCCCCUCUCUGGAGACCAAGAAGAAGGGACAAAGGCUGAAAGGGAGAUUAAACCCCACUUAGCAGCAGGGACUCAAAAGGUUUCUGCUAAAGGUUUUGUUUUUGGUUUAAGAUCAUCAGACUUGGAUCAGUUAUAGUGGGCUGCAACAGAAAAGAAGAAUUCACUUUACUUUAUACAUCUCCUGCUGCACCUACAAUGGAGUGGAGUACGAGAUGCCAGAGUGAACGCGUAGAGACAAGCGGGUCAGCUGACCGCCGGGGGGCGGAGCACUAAGACCAGAACCACUGCUUUGUGUUUGUAUGCCUUUUUACAUCCAUGCCUGUCCAAAAUAUCAUCACUUCAUUUUUUGCUACAUACCAAUACUACUCAGUUCAAUCAUCUCCGCUCGUAGGUGUAGAAGUUCCCUGUAAGGCUUUCCUGAGUUAUCACAUUCAUCAAAUAUGGAGAUAACCAUAACCAGAUUCAUUUAUAUGACCAUUUAUUUUUUAUUUUCAUUGCUUCCAAAAGCAACCGUUUCCAUGUAAAUGACAUGUCGGCAUCACAGAGUCUAUUUAAUGUGCGCCCACUAAAGCAGAAACAUCAUAAGGCGUGUUGCUGCACACGGAUCAUACUUCAUGUUACGACUUACCUCCAUAGGUUUUGGUCAUGA